CGAAAGAGGCUGUGUGUGAACUGACCUACAGUCUGUAGUGCUGGCACAUGGAUAGUAGAUGUAGGGUUGAGAGGCAGGCCAGGCAGGUUGUCCUAAAUAGCAUAAAAUGCACUUUUAAGAAGAAGCAUGUUGUGCAAUGAUCAUUGCAUCCAGAUGUUAGUCUAAAGAGGAACUUGGCCAAAUUUCUGUGGGACUGAAAAAGAGAGAGAGAGACGGAAAUAGCUUGAAAUGAACACAUAGGUUCCUGUUUCAGAGUGGCUGUGUUCAAGGAACAGAGGACAAGAGUGGGAGCAAAAAAACCAAGGUGUACAGGUAACAAAGGGAGGUGGGGCUGCUGUCACUCUGUACUACUGAACUUACUGAGGACUCAGUGUGUCGGCACUAUGGGGAAAUCAGCCUCAAAGCAGUUUGCUGAGGAGGUGCUGCAAUGCCAUAAUGAGUACAGGAAGAAGCAUCAGGCUCCUCCGAUGAAGAUGAGCAGCAAGCUGAACAGAGAGGCUGCUCGUUAUGCUGAAAGUCUGGCCAGCACACGAAUCCUGAAACACAGCGAGGCGUCCAGCAGAGGAAGCUGUGGUGAGAACCUUGCAUGGGCCUCCUAUGACCAAACAGGGAAAGAUGUGGCAGACCGCUGGUAUGACGAAGUGAAGCAGUACAAUUUCAACCGUCCAGGAUUCUCUUCAGGCACUGGUCAUUUUACUGCCAUGGUGUGGAAGAACAGCAACAAGCUGGGUGUGGGUAAAGCCAUAGCUUCUGAUGGUUCUUCCUUUGUGGUGGCCAGAUACUUCCCAGCGGGGAAUAUCACCAACCAGGGACACUUUGAGAAUAAUGUCCUCCCUGCUAAAACCAGCUCUUGAAGAGAUAUUGAUCCCCUUGACUUGAUUUAGGUCCAAAGGCAUUUAUUCCAUUCUCUUGGGCAUGGGGGUGGUGGUGGCGGGGCCGGGGCUGUCUGCCUGCACUGCUGUGGAGGAUACUCUGGAGAGCAGCAAAUCUUGCCACAUUGAGAGCCAUACCACAUUUUGUAUGGAUUUUAAAAGACAAAGCGUGCUCCAGCUUUAAACAUUUUCCUUUUACAUUUGAAAAUUUGAGCUGUCACGAUGUUAAAGUUGAAAAUGUUACUGCUGUUUGACGUUUCUAACAGAAGACUUCCCUGAUCACGAUGAUUGUUUUAUAUUAAUUACGAUAGCAGCUUUCAUUGACUCUGACAGUAUUUCCCAAAUUAAAGUUCUUUUUAUAUGUUUUUACAUACUGAGGUACAACAUGUCUUCACAUCUGUUUUUGUCAAAGAGUGAGUUCUAAUUCAGUCAAAAGAACGCAUUAACAUGUAGACGCUGCUGUAAUUUGAAGCUAAUGACUGAAUGUGCUUGGAAUGUUUUUGUUGUGUCCAGACCCAGCGGUCCCACGUUGUGUCUUGGACUCCUGUCAGUUUUCCUGCAAUAAAGUUGAUAGAUGGGUUUGACAUCUGUCCAUGUAUAUUUGUACCAUCAGUUCUGUGUGACAUUGUUACAAAGUGAGACCCAAAACAGAGUUUAAUUUUGUCAUAAUACAGCCUGUAAAUGGCCCCUCCAAAAUAUAAAGAUAUUUAAGAAGCUGCUUCAUUUAUUUCAAGCAGCUCCAGUUAUCUCCUGCAUGUGAAGAUUCAUUCGUCCAUUCUCUGGACUUGCUUCUGUGCUGCUCAGGGUUAUGGUAGGGUUGUUUGGC